CGACUCCACGAGGCGGAGACACCUCCGAACUCGCCGUCGUUCUUUCAUCCACCUGGGCACGCUCGCGGGUGUAGGCCCAUCAUCACUACAAUCCCCACUGCCAUUGAUUGAACUCCACCUUCUAGUUCCAUAAGAAAAUUGCUCGCUAUCCCGUAGCUGAAUCGCAAGUUUGCAUGAUGUUCGCUGCCCGAUGCUCGAUCGCCAGAACCCUAAGAAACGUGCAUGCAGGUGUUCUGUCACCUUCGAGAUUCUACAGCAUCGCAGCAGUUCCCUUGAGAGGCGUUUCAGGGCGCAAUUACGAGGCCGGAGAUCCGUUCGGCGUAUACGAAUAUGGAAACCUGGCCGACCCAUCCGACGAUGUGGAAACUCAUCUCGCACGGGGUUGGUCGUUACGUCCCGUUACGGAUGUCCGCGGAUUGAACCAUGGCGAGGACGGUCUCAUUUAUCCUCGUCUGAAUAUGACACUCGAUGCACUUAUCGAUAUGAAUCCGGAUCUGUCCAUGACAGAACGGAUUAAGAUCAUGAGAUCGCCCGCAGAAGCCUUACAUGAACUUCACAGCAAGGGAUGGCUUCACAACCAGUUAUCGCCACAUCAUGUCCAUUUGAACGUCAAACGCGACGCUUCGGGCAACCUCGUCGUGUCCGACGUCAAGCUCGGUGGCUUCGAACCCGCAUUCCUCCUCGACGACGAUGACGGACCCUCCGGCCACGUCGACUACGCCGGCUGGCGAAGCCCGGAGGCCCAAGUCCAACCGGGAAACUCCGCAGCAUCGGAGAUGUUCUCCCUCGGGUUGAUGGUGAGUGAGAAUCCCACACAUCAUCGCAGAAAGUAUCGCUGACGAAGAUCUCACGACAAAGUUCCUCCACGUCCUCGGCCGAUCCACCAUCUGGCAAGCGGACGCCCUCUCCCUCGAAUACGGCCCACCCACGGACACCAUCGUCCGCCAAUUCGUCCUCUUCGGCCCCGUGCCGGAGGAACUCCUCGCGUGCAUCUCCGGCGAAUUCGGCGAUUGGCCGACUUGGUAUCGGAAUAUGGCCACGUCGGCGGAGGGAUUCGUCGAGGAAUUCCCCCAGGAGAGAUUUGCG